AUGUCUAGUAGUGACAAUCCUGCUCUCCCGCGAUCCACCCAACAAAAUCCCGGAGAAACUUUAAAUCGAGUCAACAAUACGGAAUGUAUUAUCUUUCCCGGUCGUCAUCAGCAACCAGCUUCACCAGCUUCGUAUCACCGACCGCCUGGAACUGCUCUGCACAGUCCCAUACGUGCGGCUUCAGCGCCUCUGGCUACCAAUCUCACUUCAGCCGGACUCCCUUUCAUACAGUCUCAGUGGGACUUGAUUGUCAACCCGCCAAAUCCGCAAGGGUAUCCAGUUGUGACGGCUACUUGGCCACUACCAGGCACUCUUACACUCAAUCAGAUCUCUGUCGAUUCAGCCCCAGCUAUACGUGCCCCGCUACCGCGUUCUAAACCACGUCGUAGUGUUCCAGGGUCCUUCAAUCCUCAACUGUCCAUUCUUGCUUCCGAACCCAGCUUAACGGGUCAAGUCAUGGAACAGCAGUCUACUUCGUCACUGACUGAGAAUGACGAUGUUACGCGCACGAAAGCUGAAAAUGAUCAACUUCGUCAUGAUAAUGCAAGUUUGCAAGAUGAAAUGGCUGAAAUUCGAAAACUUUUGGCGGAUCUAUUAGCUCAACAGAAGCCACCGGUGGGGGAGACAACCAACGGAUCAUCUGAGGAUGCCACAUCAACGCAACAACCGCCACAUGUCGAUCCUUCCUUAGGGAACGUCGAUCAAGCUGCUCACAUUUUCACCUCGACACCUGCAGUCCACACCCGUGGAAAUCUCUUCCAUGUACCAGCUUCACUUCCUUCCGUUCCUGAGACGGCUCAAGCUCCUGUGGCUUCAACCGUCAACUUGUCUAAGUUUCGAACGAGCGAUUGGCCUCAGUACAAGGGGGCCUUUGGCGACAUACCAGCUUUUAGAUUAUGGCAGUAUCAGAUGGAAUCCAUAUUCAGAGUUAAACAAAUUGAUCGACCUGAAGAUCGAUUUCGCAUACUACCUUUGGUUUUGGCGAACGACCCAGCUUCAUCAUGUGAUGUUAGAAAUGCAGAACGUAGUAUUGCCGGUAGGGUGGGAUGA